CAAUUUAAAACCAAUCGCCCCAAACUCAACUCCAUUUUUAAAAAGAGCUCCUACUGCUCAGUUGUGCUAUAAAUUUUAGUAAGCUUUUAAACAUAUCUAAUACAUUUGAUUUUACAAAUAAUUUAAGGUUCUAUCGAGAAUUGGACAACAUGGAUGAAGUCUAUAUCAUUGCAAUGAUGAUUUCCCUUUUUUGCCAUAUGAAUAAUCUCUUCUACAAUCUCACCGAGGGCACCAUGGAGUCGAUUGUGUUCAUAUUCCUCACUGUGCUGGCUUUGAAAAAAAUCUUUAGCCAAGAUGUGGACUACAAUCCAAAUGUUUUGGAGAAGAUUGCGCAAGUCCUGAUCCUCUGCAUAGUGGUCCAAGUCCUUUUGGUCGUAGCGUGGUUUCCCCUCAGCGUAACUGUUCAUUACCUCGUUAAAAUGGCAUGCCAUUAUUGGCUCUGGGGACGAGGCUGGAUGUUCAAGCGAGUCAAGGAUAAUGCAGCGUCCCUUAUCCUAGUGGCUUUGGAGUUGGUUGCUCUCUUCAGGGGCUUCGAGAUCGACGAUAUGCAGCGACUUUUUGGUUCAAAGGAUGACUUAAUCUCAAGAAGUGUCAUUGCGAUAGUGGAAGAACAGAAAAAAAGGGUUUGGAAGCGGAUGAAGCGAAAUUCGCGCAACGGAAGGAGUACCAUCAGAUCCAAGAUCAGAGAUAACCACAUACUUGGAGAAAUUGAGUCACGUUAGGACUAGUUUACCAGAAACCAUUUUGUACAAGCUUUUGAAAUAAAAAUACAUCCGAUAUAUGUAAAACUAAUAUCGCUGAAAAA